AUGGUAUAUCAAUACGCUGGUGUGCUCGACAACGGCCUCUCCUUUCACCAGCUCGAAUACCGCAACCCAUCCAGAACCACCCCCGGAGACCUCAUGUGUGCUCUUCGCGCCCUUGGAGCAACAGACGCAAUCAUCCAAAGCCACACCCGUAUGUCGGGAGCACAUGGACCACGGGACCACUGGGCGGCCAAUGGCUGUCUCAACUGGCCCUCCGAAGGUCAAUACCGCUUCCGCCUCGUCUUCCCCAGCCAAACCAUGGCUGAAAACGUAUACGCCACCUUUUGCCGCCAUGCAGCGGGCCCCGAAAGACUUGAAUUGGUCCCGCAAGCCCCGAGUGCCGCCACACUUGUGGACACCAAAGUGCGCAUUGGCCGCCUCCCACCCCUCACGACUACAGACGACAUCCUCGCGGGGCUUUUGGGUCCCGCCUUCCCAUCCCAGACGUCGACAUCACCGGGGAUGGAUAUGCCUUCGACACCCCAGCCCCCGUUGCCUUCCUCUGACAUGACCACCUGGGCGAACCCUGUGACCGUUUCACCUAUCUGCCCUCGCGAUCGGACCCGCAGCAAAUCCCAGCACAAACCUUCUGCACACGACACCGCGCGCGGAUCCGACACGCACACACGCGGCAAAAGUAGCCACCAAGGCGUGGGACAGUACUCCCGAUCUGCCCCCCAACACUCGGCCCCGGAGGAACGCAUACCCCAGGCCUGGCAACUACCCCUUCAGCGUCACCCGGCCCAGGCACCUAGACCCACCGCCGAUCUCAGUCUAUACCUACGUCGUGAGCUCUCCACCUACGUGGAUCAACGCAUCAAGCUCUAG